AAACAGGACGGGGACGCCGCUGAAUCUACGGAGCACGAAAAUCCAACAUCCAACCUAAAAGCAAGUUCUUAUUCUUCAUCUCUUCUCUCUGCUCCUUCUUAAACUCAGCUUUAUUCUGAUUGCUGUAUAGAUGUCUUCCUUUGGAUCCAUUAUCCCACUGAAUUCACCACUGUUUUAUGGUUUCAGCUGCAGUUCCGCGUUGGGCUAAAUAAAGAAAUAUGCUAUGUGAGCAUCAGCAGCCAUCAGACUGACCAAUCCUGCGCGGCGGAGCGUGACGUCAGCCCUGCCAGCGUGGAACGUACGUCGCUCUGCAGGUCCAGGAAGUAAACUGUCCGGUUCGACCUCUGCAGGGAUUUCCCGGCGUUCCUGUGUCCCCUUUCCACGGAGCGCAGAAGUCAAGCUAUCAGCUGUGGACUUUAAAGAAAACAAACACUCUUCCUAGAUGAUGGUUGACACUGCAAUCGCUAAGGUGGGAAAAAAUCUGAGUGAAGCCAUGAGGAUCCUUGGAGAUGGACAGAUGGAGCCGGAUGCAGCCACAGAAAGCAGACGUUUCAGUAGAACCAGCAUGCCUGGACCCCUGCAGGGAGAUGGUCAGGAUGUAACCACUAUACUGCACCUUGUUCACCACCUCAUUCAUGAUGAGGAAGAUGAUGAGGAGGGGAAGGACAGGCCCAGCCAACCGAUGCAGAAUGUGGGGGAACAGGGCCACAUGGCCUUGCUGGGCCACAGCCUGGCAGCCUACAUCUCAGUUCUGGACAGGGAGCGACUCCGGAAGCUAACCACUCGGAUUCUGUCUGACACUACACUGUGGCUCUGCAGGAUCUUCAGGUAUGAGAAUGGCUCCGCCUAUUUCCACAAGGAUGACAGGGACGGCCUUGUGAAGGUCUGUCGGCUUGCUAUUAAUGCCCGUUAUGAGGAAUAUACAACUGAAGGCUAUGCUGUUUUAAGUUCCAAGCAGCCAAUGAUCUACCAAAGUGCCUCCUGCAGGCCUGGCCUGGGACAACACCUAUGCAGCCAGCUUGGCUUGCCUCUGUCCAGCCUGUGCACGGUGCCAUGUAACACCAUCUUUGGAUCCCAGCACCAAAUGGAUGUUGCCCUGUUGGAUAAACUGAUCAAAGAGGACAUAGAUGCUGGGAAGCUUCCUUUGCUGUUGAUUGCCAACGCAGGAACCCCUGGAGCAGGUCAUACAGACAAACUAAGUCGUCUGAAAGAGCUGUGUGAUCAGCACAGUAUAUGGCUUCAUGUAGAGGGGGUCAACCUUGCAACCCUGGCACUGGCUCAGGUCACCUCUGCUGUCAUGGCAGCCACCAGAAGUGACAGCAUGACUCUGACACCUGGUCGAUGGCUUGGACUGCCUGCAGUGACUGCGGUCUCCCUCUACAGACACGAAGACCCGGCCCUGUCUCUGGCAGCAGGUCUGACCUCCAGCCAGCCUGUGAAGAAGCUGCGAGCUCUGCCUCUGUGGCUCUCCCUGCAGUACCUUGGGCACAAUGGUAUUGUUCAAAAGAUCAAACAUGCUGCAGCUUUGAGCCAGUAUCUCCUGCUGAAGCUAAAGUCUGUGGCGUGUGUCAGAACAUCGGUUGAAGCUAAACAAAACUCUCCUGUUGUGCUGUUUAAGUAUUCCCAGGAGCUGUGUGCUGAAUCCAGUGGGGGAUCAUUGGAUGGUUUCUGUGCUGAAGAGAAGGAAGUGCUGGAUACCUUCAACAGAUGGCUAGCUGAGAAGCUUGCUCAUCUAGUUCCCUGUAGUGGAGUGGAUGUGGUGGAGCAUGAAGAUGAAGGAGACUGGGUUCGUUUCAGCCCCCUCCUCACAGCUGCAGUGCUGGGUACCCAACAGGAGGAUGUUGAUGAACUGGUGCAGAAGCUACUAGAGCUGGUGCCUAUGAUGUCGUCCACAAUGAGCUUAAGACAGGACUUCAGAGAGGAGACCCACCGCCGUGCCCCCUUUCUCACAUACAUAGAGGAACUCAGCUGGCCUGGUCUGGGAGCAGUCCGGUAUGAAUCCCAGGCUGAAGGAAUAGAUGAGAGCAGAAGGGAGCAGGAGCUGAAGAAAAUUAACAAAGCACUGCUGACGAAACUACAAGAGCUUGAGACGGACAUCUUCUUCUCCUCAGGCCCUGAGUUUGUGACAGAAGAGAACUGCAUCUUUGUAGGCAUGGUCGCUGAUGACGUUGAUGUAUCAGAGCUGGUGGAUACGAUAUCUACACUGGGAAGAGACAUAGAAGAGAGUGGGAGGUUAUUGGAGAACAUGACAGAGCGGGUGAGGAAAGGAAUCUUGGAGGCAGAGCUGCAACUGCAGAAGGCCAACGAGGAGAAACUCAUGGAGGAGGGGAUGCUGAGACAGCUUCCUUUGGUUGGCUCUGUGUUGAACUGGUUCUCUCCAGUUGGAAGCUCCAUAAAGGGAAGGACUUUUAACCUGGCAGCAGGCUCUCUGGAUUCUACAGAUGUGACUUACUCCACCAAAGUCCAGGCAGGCAGGACGUCCCUGCAAGUCACCCCCACCCUUUCAUCAAAGAGAGUCUCAGGUCGGAAGUUAUUUCGGCGCCCAGGCGUAGGUUUUGACUCGAUGAGUGAAACCAGCUCCAUCGGGCCAGCUGAUGAGGAGUCCAGGGAGGAGUGCACCUCAGUGAGCACUAACCUCCUCCCAUCCAUGACUCAACCUGAUAAACUGGAUCACACUGCAAGAAGACCACCAAAUAUCCAAGGGACACCAGAGCAGGUAGAAGCUAAGGAGGAGAGGCAGCCUGAAGGCCAAGAGGUGGAUCUGAGUGGGAGAUAG